CUCUCAUUCAAAGCUCGUCAACUUUUCCGGCCAACAUGCUUUCUUUGAAAGUCCUCUUCAUCUCCGCCGCCCUCAUGUUCGCGGCGCUCGGCCUCAAGGCCUCUCUUCCGGUGGCCGCCGCCUACCUCCCUCCUCUCUGGACCUUCUUCCUCCUUUGCUCCACGCCUCCUUACCUCUUCGUCAUCCUCAACGCCAUCAUCAUCUCCAUCGUCGCCUCCUCCAAGUUCCACCACUCCACCGUUCCCUCCAUUCCGGAAGAAAAGGCCGUGCUGCGUAACGGCUUAGCCCCGCUCGAAGAAGAAGAAGAAGAAGAAGAAGAAGAAGAAGAGAAGAAAGUAAUCCAAGAAAGAAUAACGAUGGAGAGAACAAACUCAACGGAGAUUCCAUCGCAGAUGGAGAAGCCUCUGGUUUCUGCUAGGUUCUCUCACCGGAAGUUUCUUAAAUCCACUUCCGAAGGUGGGAGAGCGUUGAGGGUGGUGGCUAAGGCAAAACGGCACGAGACAUUGGAGAACACGUGGAAGGCGAUAACGGAGGGUCGUUCCGUGCCAUUAAGCAGACACAUGAAGAAGAGUGACACGUGGCAGGUCCCACACCAAAACAAGUCCGAGGAUUCGCCCCUGAAGCUACGGAAAGAACCGUCGCUGAGUCAAGACGAGUUGAAUCGGCGCGUGGAAGCCUUCAUAAACAAGUUCAACGAGGAGAUGAGAUUGCAAAGACAAGAAUCGUUGGAACAGUACAUGCAGAUGAUUAAUCGUGGUGCCGCUUAAUCUUUCAUAUUUACAUCAACUACAAAACAAUGUAAAUCUUUCGACUGUAUAGGGCUAUCAUUGCCAUAUAAGUUUAUGGUUGGGUUAGACUCAUAUAUCAUCAUUACUUCUUUUGUUUGUUUUUUUGUCCCUGUAUAUUGCUCCACAUACCAAAAAUGUGGUUCAACUUCAACAUCAAUUAGCCUAGCUAGGAAAGAACACACAGACAAAAAACUCUUGGGGAACUUGGGAUUUUUAGUCUUGUUCCUCGUUUUAUUAUUAUUUUUGUUUUUAGUGAAACCUCUUUCUCUGUAAUUAAUACCAUGCAUCAAUGGAAGCUUGUAAUGUUUAUUUCA